GCAUUUCGCAGUAGUUUCAGAGUAGUGGUAAAUAUCACUAGUUACUAUUCAUGUUAGUGACUAAUACAGUAAUUUCCCAAUGCUUCCAUUGGUGUAGUUUUAUUUUGUGUUGAUUUUUGCAUUUUUCUAGCUCUAAAGAUGUUUUCUUCAGAUGCUAAUUAUUCUAAACUUAAAACUAAUCUAAGAUUGGCGUUAAACCGAUUAAAGCUUUUAGAAAAAAAGAAGGCCGAGCUGGCUCAAAAAGCUCGAAAAGAAAUAGCUGAUAUGGUAGCAGCAGGCAAGAGUGAGAGGGCCAAAAUACGAGUAGAGCAUAUUAUACGAGAAGAUUAUUUUGUCGAAGCCCUAGAAAUUGUUGAAAUGUAUUGCGAUUCACUUUUAUCAAGAUUUGGGUUACUUCAACAGUCAAAAACUUUAGAUCCUUCACUCGAAGAAUCAAUUUCCAGUUUGUUAUGGGUUGCACCACACAUUCAGGCAGAUGUCAGUGAAAUGAAAGUUAUAUCUGAUCAAUUAACACAGAAAUUUGGAAAAAAAUAUAUGGAGGCAUGUCGAUCAGAAAAUAUGGAUACAGUAUCACAAAAACUGAAGCACAAAUUGAGCUUAAGACCUCCGCCAAAAAUUUUAGUUGAAAAAUAUCUUAUUGAAAUUUCUAAGAACUAUCAUGUACCUUAUGAACCUGAUUUACAAGUUAUGCAAGAAUAUGAACAGUCGCAUAGUAUCGAUUCUAUAUUAUUUGACAAUAAAAAUAUGAAAGAUGAAAAUGCUCUACGACCAACUGGAUUUAUUGGUUUUCCUCCUCAACCGAUGCCUUCACAACCAAUGCCACCGCUUCAAGCACCUCCGAUGAAUUAUCCAAAUAUGCAAUCCAUGAGCUCAAUGUUGGAUUCUGCACCAUUCGAUUUUGAUAUACCACCAUCUGUACCAACAAUACCAGUAACCAAAGAACAACCUGUACCAAAACCUCGCACUUCUAAUGUGACUCCACAAAAUCCAAAAGUUCCAAUUUUACCUAAUAAAGGUUUUGGUUUUUCAAAUUUACCAGAUCUUCCGAGUGUUCCUACAGAUAUACCAACGGGUGAUAUUAAAGACAAAGGUGAUGAUGAUGAUGAUGACGAAGGAACUAAUUUCGAUGAGUUAUUAAAUCGGUUUGAAGAUUUAAAGAAACCCAAAUUAUAAGUAUUCUUAUUUAUAUAUUAUAUAUUUAUUUAAAAAAACAUGUCAAUAAAAAAUUAUUAUAGGUACAUAGUAAAAAUAAAAAUACAUUUUUACACAAAAAUAGUUCAAACAACACAAAUGGAAAUAGGCAUUUUCCUCUGCAAAAUUUUCAUUUUUUUUUUUUUCCCAAAAGACCUAACCCCGGUCUUUGGGUAGGUCUUUUGUUUUCAGUCGUUUUCCUUUGGUCCAUUAAAACAGGCACACCACCCAAUAACGGUAAGCCACCAUUAGACUGUUGAUUAUUCUGUUUGGUUGGUUUAUUUGGUGACAAAUUGAUUAAACCUGGGGUAAUAUGGUCGGUGUUCACGAGUCCUGCGAUCUUGUUCAAGGGGUUUGAUAAUGCAUUAAUCGCAUUGCUUGUUACAUCACCCAACACGCCUUCUUUUAAUAAAUCUGGUACAGUUUUUAAAAUAUCAGAUAUUCCAGGAAAGUUACAGUACGACGAUUGAAGUAUGUCCGGAAGUCCACCCCAUAAUCCCAUUUCACAAAAACGAAAUUUCUUUUCUAUACGAGAGUUUUCACUGAGUAUCACAUAAUCGGACCGUUUUGCAGAGGUAAAUGAUGGCCAUUCAUCAUCCAAUUUUGAUAGACGUGGUUUUCUAAGAAAAAAAUGAAUUAAUUAUAAUUUAUACUAUAUUUUUUUUAAAAUAAUUUUUCUUCACAUUACCCGUGAUGAAUAAAUUCGGCCACCAAUGACGUAAAGUUAUCUCUCAUUUCUAUAUCACUUUGAUCUUUAAGUUCGCUUCCAGGAAUUGGCAUACCUUCAAUACUUCUUACAUCAUAAAGGUAAAUUAAUUCAUCUCCGUGACCUGGUUCUCCUGUAGAAUUUUAUGAAAUUUAGUAAAGCCAACAAUUAUGUAUAGUAGUAAAUGUACAAGUGAUGUAAAAAAAAAAAAUAAUAAAA